AUAUGAAGAAAUGAUGGGGUGGCUAAAGACGUUUGCACAUUGCUGCAUAUUUGAAAUUAGAAAUCUGUUCUUUCCUCUCUGUAACAAAUUUUGCGCAAACAAUGAAUUAGUUUAAGUUUAAAUGCAGCACAUCUGGACCUACAACCGCCUGAUGUGCUUAUAACAGUUUAUGUGUUGAACGUUGAAUGGAAAAGAGGCAGGUAUGAGCAGGAAACGGGCUCUGAUUUCAGACGCUUUCAAUCUGAAGAAGAGAAAAAAUGGCACAGAACAAUUUGGAGCUACUGCUGCUGAAGAGGGACCAGCUGACAUUAAAUCCAGCCUGGAGUACCUCAUGACACUAUUUCCCAGAAAGCUCUUCAAUGAUGCACUUCCUCAAAUUGUGCUGAAGCACCAGCUCUACAGCAUACACAGUGACAGGACUUUGGUGGACAAGGAGCUGAAUAAGAUGCGUGAACGAGGAGACCUGCUGAUGUUCCAGCUCGGGUUCGACGCAGAAGCAUUUGGGUUGGUGUUUACUUCUGACUACAAGGCCAAAGUGCUGGUGGGAGAGGAGGGCAAAACCACACAAACCACUGUGGAGAGGUUCUUGGAGAAAGUGGUGACCGUUUGCACAGAUCUGAGCUUCACGAAAGACAAGAUGCUGAAGGAGUUUCUCUUCACAGACUCUGAGAUCACGCAGCUGGUUAAGUCUGGGGUCCUGACUGUGAGGGAUGCGGGCAGCUGGUGGCUUUCCAUUCCCAACUCUGGCAAAUUCACAAAGUACUUCAUUAAAGGCCGCAAAGCAGUGCUCAACAUGGUUAAGAAGUCCAAAUACGGCGAAGUCUUAAAGGCAGAAAUCGAGGAGCGGCGAACAAAUUCACAAGUGAAAUUCCAUAUGAAAUACCACAUUCAUGACAUUGUUGGCGCAGAGCUGGUGGAGAGCAUACCGACAACUUCAGGGACCCUGUUGCGAUUUGUGGAUUCGUGAGGCUGACGUCAGGCGCUGACUGACUAUGAGAAAUUUAUGAACGGAAUGAAAAGUGUUUAUAAAAAGACUGAAUUAACUAAUUUAAGUAUUCAAGUGCAGAUUCUGUGCCAAAUGUGCUACUAAUGACCUAUGAUGACGAGACGUCAAGUUUUGGUUUAUCUUGUAAUAAGAUUUAUUUAAAUUUCUUUGCAUCACAUAUGAGAUUCCUUGUCUUCAUGGAGUUCACAACCUAAUGGCAAUCAUUGCCUCUGUGCUGAGUGUUUUCAGGAAACAAAAUGCUUUGUUAGAAAUUACUGAGGUCCUGCCUGUCAAAGCUUGAAACUGUCUCAUCUUUAAGUAAAACGGAUUGCAUUA